GUGUCCAAAGCUCCCUCUCCCUAGCAGUGGUUCGUGGGUGCUGGUGCCUUGUCUGUAACGCUGCUGCCAUCAGCCAGGGAGCAGGAGACGGUGGCACCGGGGGCCUGCUAGCUGCUGCUGCAAUGCAAUGGGGCCUUUGGACCAGUGUAAGGGACUGGGGGAGGAUGGGAGCAGAAGGGGUUGAAAACCAGGCGCCUCCUGUGUGUUCUCACUGCCUGCGGCCUAAGGCUGCCUAGGUCCCACCCACCACGGGCUCCUGGCCAGUGAAGGGCGCAGUGACCAACACAGCCGCACCCUAUAAGCCCAGCAAGUGGGGGAGUUCCCUUGCCCUGCACGCAUGCGCGGCCCGCCCCCUCCCCCGCAUUACGCUGCGAGGUCUGGCGUGACUACAUCUCCCACCAGGCCUGGCGCCUGCGAUGAUCCUGAGCAUGCGCAGUCUGUUUUGUCCUCUUGGACCAGGACAGGCCGCUGGCUGGAUUGUCAAGCAGCCGGGGAGCGGCUCUGGGCAGCGACGUGAGGAGGUGACAGCGUCCGGGAGCCGGCCUGGGCAGCACCGGGCACUCCUGGAGGUUGAUGCAGGUGGAGGCUGCCCGUGGACCGGGUAGUGAUGGUCGGCUAUGACCCCAAAUCUGAAGUGAAGUCCAUCUCCGCUGUGGAGGUGGCUGUGGCAGGAUCUGCAUCUGGGUUUGUCACUCGGGCUCUAAUCAGCCCUGUGGAUGUCAUCAAGAUUCGCUUUCAGCUUCAGAUUGAACAACUCUCCCCCAGAAACCCACUGGCUAAAUAUUAUGGCAUCUUGCAAACGGCACACCGGAUCUGCCAUGAGGAAGGGCCAACAGCAUUCUGGAAGGGGCAUGUGCCCGCUCAGCUCCUCUCAGUCAGCUAUGGAGCUGUCCAGUUUGUGACCUUUGAGUGCCUGACGGAAUUGGUGCACAAUGCCACAUCAUACAACACCCGCAACUGCAUCGUGCACUUUGUGUGUGGCGGCCUGGCUGCUUGCACUGCCACCAUGACAGUUCAGCCUCUUGACACACUACGCACCCGCUUUGCUGCUCAGGGCGAGCCUAAGGUUUAUCGAAAUCUUCGUCAUGCUGUGGUGACCAUGUACCAAACAGAAGGGCCUCUGACCUUCUACAGGGGUUUGACCCCCACUAUCAUCGCUGUCUUUCCAUACGCUGGUCUCCAGUUCUCCGUUUACAAUCUCCUGCAACAAUUGUAUAAAUGGAUGAUGCCAUCGGAAGGAAGGAAUGCAGGUAAUGUUAAAAACCUCGUGUGUGGCAGCUGUGCCGGAGUUAUCAGCAAAACCCUUACUUACCCUUUUGACCUAUUUAAAAAGCGGUUGCAGGUGGGAGGCUUUGAGCAGGCCCGGGCAGCCUUUGGGCAGGUGCGGACGUACAAGGGUUUAAUGGACUGUGCUGGGCAAAUUGUGCGAGAGGAGGGGCCUGUUGGAUUGUUUAAGGGUCUCUCCCCCAGCUUGCUGAAGGCUGCUCUCUCUACUGGCUUCACCUUCUUCUGGUAUGAGUUCUUCUGCAACCUGCUGUAUGCCCUGAAGAACACUGGCAGCACUAAGGGGUAGGAGGGCUGAAGAGGCAGGACUCAUCGUCUGCAGUUUAUUCUGUGGAGGAGUAAGACUAGUGGCCUCAUUGUCACAUGGAGUGGGGUGGGGAAUGGCUCCUCCCUGCCAGGGCUCUGAAAACACGUGUCCACUAGCUUUGGAGGAAAGAUCUGUUUGCAACAAAACCAAAGGAGCAGGUGACUGCGGCUUCUGUUGAGCACACUGAGCCCUGGGGUACACUGAGCAUCUUCCAUCAUAUCUCCUAUAGUAUCAGCAUUCACUCUGGGAGAAGGAGUUUUAUAAAAACCUAAUGCUACUACCCGUCUGGCAACAUGCUCUGAAGUGGCAUCUGAUCAAAUGUAUGAAAUCCUUCAAGCACAGGGACCCAUCUGACUUAGCUAGUGCCACUUAAUGAUGCCACAUCUUUAAAGAUUCAACCCUCUGCUUAGGGCCUGUCCAUUUGCUGCAUAUUCUCAUCUCCCUGCUGUACAGGUAAUCCCUUCCUUAUUCUGCAUAGACACCUGUCUUCUCUUUGCCAUUGACAUUUACCAGCUCCACAUCCUCAGCCACUUUAAACGUAGCGUCAUCUAGCAAUGUUUAUGCCAACCCUGAUUUGCUUUCUCACUACAAGUGGCAAGCUUACUUUUGUUUUACAAGUGUCCCUUAUUUUGCCUGUGAGUUCUGCUGUGGGCCUCUUAGGGUUCUACUUUGCUAGUGUAAUGCUCUUACAAACAGUUCUGCAGGUCUAAUGCUGUUUGCUGUCAGGAAGGUCUCUCAAUGCACAAAACCUAUUCUUGCUUCGCACUGACAUGUUGGGGCUCUGCUUUGCUAUUAGAUUGUCAUGAUUAAACAGAUGCUAUAAAGAUUUUUUUUUUUAACCUACCUUAAAAUAAUAAAGAUAGUCCUGUGGAAACUAGUGACUUUUUCGUCAUCAGAGAGCCAAGGAAUUGCUGAGCACCUGGUGCACUUGGGAGAUUAAUUCUUUGAGUCUGUUGCUGAGGCUUGAGAGAGACCUGAGAAUUGCCAGUUAGACUGAAAGAAAUGACAUGGUUGCUCUGUGCAGGGCAUUGGAGCAGAUCUUCCUCCCUGGAAAUAUUUCCAAACCUUCUCUAUUGUGGGUUAAAUGAUCUAAACCUGUCACAGUCCCUUGUCGGGACUGAAGGGCAAAGAAGCUUGAGGAGUUUGGAAUUGUUUAUGUAUAGUUUGUUUUUGUUUUUAAUUUUUGUGAAGCAGCCUGGUGAGCCUCCAUUUGCACUAGGAGGGAAUGAAUGGGCAGAGAGCCUCCACACUGAUCAUGGUUUGUUGCACACUGGACUGUUGAUGAUACAUGUGAUGGGUCUAUAUAAUAUGAUCAUUUAGCUGGUGGGGAAGGGAUUUAGUGGCCUCUGUAGUAGAAUGAAAAGACACACCAUGAUAGACAGUCAUUUCAUCUCCCAUCCUCGAUGUCUGUGUCUUUAAAGUAUUUCUAAUGUGCCAAUCACUAGUCUCUAAACAUGAGUCACAUCAUAAGGAGGGGAAGUGGCUAAAAACAAGAGCAUUGAUUCCCCUUACGUAAAGGAGAGAGAUACUGGUUUAAUACAAAGAAUUAGCAAGAUGGGUCUUAUUUUGCUCCUGUUGAGUUUUGCAGGAUCAGUACGUCGGGGUUAUAUUUCCUAGAAUCAGAUAAAUUAAGUGGUGGAAAAGAUUCAUUAGGUCACCUUGUUCCUCCCACCUGCAAGUGCAGGGUUGUUAUUUUUGACUGUAUACCUGACUUCAGUCCAGUUUCCAGUGACUCAAAUCAAUAGGCUUGCACCACUUCCCUCGUGAGACUGUGCCCCAGUCUAACUGGUGGCGAUUGUUGGAAUUUUCUUCUAAUGUAAUCCUAUCAGUGAGGAUUUGCUUUGCCUGAAAUUCACCCCACAAGCUGCUCAGCAAUUGCAUUUGUUUUUAUCCUAGUGCCUUUUAUCAUCUGGGUAAAGCAUAGCACUUUACUAAGCAAAGUACAACAUACUAAUAUUACAGUAGCUGUAAUGGAAUCCACAACAGUGGCUGCCUAGCCUUGGCCAUUAGGUCCUCUAUGUGCAAAUACUGCAAUGAACACUUUCCAAUAGCAUGUGUAUUAUUUCCAAUAGCACUGAUUACCUGAACUCAUGUACAGUAACAUUCAUCUCUCAGGAUGUUUACACAGAGCCGUAUUAGGUGCUUCAGUGAGAAAAACAAAUGUUCUAGGAUUGGUUACUGAAGUGAGUCAUUUUCCCUUUUGAUUUUAAGCCUCCAUUGUUAUGCAGAGCCUUAAUCCUCUGCGGCAUUUCUAGCGAACAUCUGAAUGGACCUUUUGCAAAUUCAGUAGACUUAAGGCUUCUGACCAGCUGUGUUUUUUCACAAUAUAUGUUUAGCGUGUGCCUGUCUCUAAAGAGAGGAAAGAAAACAUUAAAUAUUUAUUAUGUUCCUGUC